AUGAGCCGAAGGCCCCUUCCUCAACGAUUCAAUCCAACCAAAAUAGUUGGAGAAGAGAAAGAGGUUUUCACUUGCCCUCCUCCUUCUCCUCCAGCCCCUCGUUCUUCGUUCAUGCCGAACGUUGCUUCUGUAAGUUCGAGGGAGCCAUGUAUCUCCACUCACACUACCAUAUCUGCCAAGUUGACCUAUGCAAUUCUGGUUUCUUAUUUGCUGAAGAUUAAGAAGCUGCUCUUCUCUCUCGCCCCAAGCAACCCCCAAGCUCCCUAUACUCCACACCCGCAACUUCCUCCAAGCUCCAGUAGGCUACCGUGCGCAGCAGCUCCAGCCCAAGCUCAGGCCACCCAACGCCUUGCCCGCGCACGAGCAGCAGAGAAAAUUUGGAAAUUCAUGCCUGUGUUUCAUAUUCACAUCAGAGAGUACUCAAAGAUGGUAGCAGUAGCACUUUAUAUCAAAAAUUACAAUGGAGCAUUAUUUCGCCAAUACCCUGGACCAUGA